GAUAAAUACUUUUGUUUGAAACGCCAAUUUGCUCUCGACUUAAGUUUAGUAGUAGUAGUAAUACUUUAUCCCUAAGGUAAUUCCACUUUUUUUUACUAUCGGAAUAUACAAAAUAUUAUAAAUAUUUUCUCGUGGCAUUCCGAUGAUGUGCUAAAUGUACGUGUAUUUUAAUGACUCGGCGUUUUUACUUAAACAGUAAACGUAGCGGAGUUUAGCCCAGUAUUGCCUGCGCCAAUAACCAAUAAUUCGUUUACUCCCACAUUUAACGAAGGGCGAGUUAACAGCAGCAAAGACUCUUCUAUGCGCAGCUCUCGAUCGCUGUCUGCGGUCGCAGAAUGAGCUCGUCCCUCCGGCGCAGAGCAGCCCCUUGUUUCCCACCAGACAUCGUGACGACCCUCCGGAUAAGUGCAUCUGAGCUCGUCUUUAGAAAGGCUGAAAUACGUUUGUACGUUUCACAAUAGUCACGCGCGCAACUCUCCAGACGAAAAUAAAGCAUGCGAAGGAGAAUCACCUAAAAAGAAGUGAAGAUGAAUCUAACCAAGUUAUAUUUAAAAUUUGGACAUCUUUUCUACAGGAACUUCUCGUUUUGGGGAAAUGAUGGCAAACUGAACCAUAGCCUUCAGGACGCACUUCUGUUCACGGAUGAUGUGCUUUUUUCGGGAAACGAGCCAGGCACUAUCGUCUUGGUAGUGAUGUACACUUUGUCCUUCUUCAUUGGCUUAGGGGGCAAUGUCAUGGCAUUGAUGGUUUUAACCAGGAGGAGAAAUCGUCUUGUCGGCGGUGCAGCAACCAGAAGACUGCUGAUAAAUUUGUCUGUGUGUGAUAUGAUGGUGGUGUGUGUGUGCAUGCCAGUCAAUCUCGGCCACCAGCUGCACAACGCCUGGGUGUUCGGGGACUUUCUGUGCCGGGUCGUCCCUUUCGUCCAAGCCGUGUCUGUCGCCGCUAGUGUGCUGAGUCUGGCUGUCAUCAGUCUCAACCGAUUCUAUAGCGUCCACAACCCCCUUCACGCCAGGUAUUUCUUUACUGGGAGAAAAAUACUCUGCAUGAUCUGUGCAGUGUGGGCACUCUCGUCGGGACUUUGCACGCCGAUCAUCUUCAUGAAUAAGACUAAGACACUCGUGCUGUUGGGAAGCAACCAUGCGAUAUCGGUGUGCGUGGAGAGCUGGCCGGAAGUCAGGCUGCGACAAGGCUAUAACUUUUUGCUGUUCUGUACUCUAUAUGGAUUUCCCGUUUUAUUUAACCUCGCUAUUUGCUUCAUGACUGGGCGGAAAUUGUGGCGCGUAAACGAUAAAUUCAAAGAAUGUAACAAGUGUUACUUCGCGCAGUCCGCGUCCAGACUCAAGGUGCGCAAAAAAGUCGCCAAGAUGGUCGUCGCACUUGUCGUGCUGUUCACUUUUUCUUGGCUGCCCCUGUAUGUAGUGGAUAUCUGGAUUGAUUUUAACAUGCCGGAUGCUUUAGAAGAAAGAGAAUAUGACAUGGAUCAUGUCAAUCACCAAUGGAUCCUGCAAGGCAGACCCUUUGCGCUUUGGAUGGGUCUGACCAAUUCGGCUCUCAACCCGCUUUGUUACUGCUUUGUGGGUAAUCUUUAUAGAUCGGCUCAAAGAAUUAGAAAGAGCUACAAAAAGAAGCUGUCAUCAGUCUUUAGCAUGCCUUUAUCAGGUGCGCCGGGUACCAGGUCUGCGCCCAUGCACCUAAGCUGCAGACGCCAUUCCUCUGAGAGAUGUCCCGCCGAGGCGUGUGGCUGGAGGAGACAAGCCAGCUUCAGGGAAAGCUUCUCCAAAACCCGCACUCUCCUCUCCAUAACAGUUUGCGAAACUGUGUUUGACUGACAAAGGGAGUCGUGCUUAAUCUUCUAACGCUGCAUCUGCUACAUUCCGUUUGGGAACCUUUUGCAUUUGUUAAAACAUGGACUCUAUACUAUAUAUAAUUUUAUAACAUAGUUUUAAUUUAUAACACGUAUAGACGGCUGCAUAUGUUUACAGUAAAAUUACAUUCAUUCAAGAUGUGUACUAAUGUCAUGUAAAUUUGCUGUAGAAAACAUCCCCAUGGUUAUGUGGCUUAUAUAUUUCAAAAUACAUUUGUCAAUGAGGAACUAUGUGAUAUAUA